CAAAGCAAAGCACAAAAAAAAAACAGAGAGAGAGAGAGGCGCCCGCGCCGCGACUCGUCGGCCAUGGCGAAGCCGGCGGCGGCGAGGAAGCCCUCGGCGGCGUCCACCGUCGCGCUAACUCUUGCCCUGGGCCUCGCCUCCGCGGGCCUCCUCUUCCUCUUGCUCCGCCUCUCGCCCUCCUCCCCGUCCCUGAACCCGCCUCCACAUCGCCGCCUCCGCCUCCGCUCAGGCGCCCGCGACCGCGCGGCGCGCCAGAUCCCGUUCGACCCCGUCAUCGCGGACCUCGAGCGCCGCCUCGAGGACCGCGAGUGGGAGCGCCUUGCCGCCACAGGGCUGCACGCUCCGGGCAUGGAGGCGGCGCCCGUCCCCGACGACCUCACCGACGCCGACGGCGAGGCCGACGAGGACUACAUCAACGACGCAGCGCGGUUCAACGUGACGCGCCGCGUGAAGGCUCUGUUCCCAAAGAUUGACGUCGGCCCCGCCGACGGGGCCGUCACGGUCGCCGAGCUGACCGCCUGGAACCUCGCGUCCGCGCGGCGGGAGGUGCUACACCGGACCGCCCGGGAGCUCGAGCUGCACGACCGCGACCACGACGGCCGCGUCGCCUUCUCCGAGUACGAGCGGCCCAGCUGGGCGUGGCGGUUUGACGAUCAUAACUCAACCAAUGAUGGAGUGGGAUGGUGGAAGGAGGAGCACUUCAAUGCGUCAGAUAUGGAUGGUGACGGCUUCCUAAAUCUGACUGAGUUUAACGACUUUUUACAUCCAGCUGACACAUCCAACCCAAAGCUAAUACAUUGGUUGUGCAAAGAAGAAGUCAGGGAAAGAGAUAAAGACAAUGAUGGAAAGCUCAAUUUCCAAGAGUUCUUCAGUGGAUUGUUUUACUCGAUUCGACAUUAUGAUGACGAAGGUUCAACAGAUGACUCCAAUGGCUCUGAUGCACCAGCUAAAAAAUCAUUUUCACAGCUUGAUCUGGAUAACGAUGGGCUCUUGUCAGCUGAUGAGCUAAAGCCUAUAAUAGGAAAUCUUCAUCCAUCAGAACACUUCUAUGCCAAGCAACAAGCCGACUACGUAAUAUCACAGGCUGACACGAACAAAGAUGGAAAUUUGAGUAUGAAAGAGAUGAUCGAGAACCCCUAUGUAUUUUACAGUGCUUUAUUCACAGAAGAUGAUUAUGGAUUUCAUGAUGAGCUCCGUUAGUUCCUUUAAGCACAAAGUUUUGUGGAAUCACCAACUUCAGAACACUUGGUUGCUGUGAAUGGAUCAUUUCCAUGAUCAGUCGGUUUCGUCCACUGGCUGCAAGAACAUAUUAUGGUGAUUCUAUGUACAACACAAUCGUGUAUUUCCAUGCAUCCCUUGUAGAAGUAGAACGUUCUUUUGUAACCUUAACCUUUUCUAAAUUAAUUUUCUUCAUAUGUUUCUUUCAUUUCUUUUAUACAAAAGUAGCAGCUUCUUCAAAAACCACUACUUGUAAACUACAAAAGCCAGGAAGGCGUUACUGUUGGCCAUGUCUUGGCCUUCCCGAACCCUAUCUGUAAAGAUUGUGCAGAUCUCAACUUUGAAAGUAAUUCCUUUUCCAUUCUA